AUGACUAUUGAUAGAGAGAUUUUAAUCCGGCCACGCCUACAUUCGAAAGAACAAGAAGAAGAGAUUCUAACUUCUGUGAGAAGCGGAAAGCCUAAUCGUGUUCGAAAUGUUAGACGCAGACAUCUUUCGACGGGAGAUAGCGAGCCCAUCAUUAGGAAUCGAUCGGACUCAACAAAGACCAUUUACACUGCUGGGAGACCACCAUGGUACAAAUCUGACGGUGCUGAUGGGCCAUCUCCCCUUGUGAUUGGUAUUUGCGGCGGGUCAGCUAGUGGAAAAACUAGCGUAGCGAAGAAUGUUAUCGAGGGGAUCGAUGUUCCUUGGGUUGUCUUGCUCGCCAUGGACAGCUUCUACAAGGGAAUCACCACUGAGAAGGACAAGGCGCUGGCAAAGACUGGCGACUAUAACUUCGAUCAUCCGGAUGCAUUUGACUGGGAGGCGAUGAUUGAAAUCAUAUCAAAGCUCAAAGAAGGAAAGAACGUGGAAGUGCCCAUUUAUGAUUUCAACACGCACUCUCGCUGUGCGGAAACGAAAACUGUCUACGGAGCCACAAUCAUUAUCUUCGAGGGUAUCAUGACUUUCCAUCUAGAAAAGCUUCGUGAACUGAUGGAUUUGAAAAUCUUCGUUGAUACCGAAAGCGAUAUCCGACUUGCUCGGCGACUCAUGCGGGAUAUCUCUCAACGUGGAAGACAGAUCAAUGAUGUUUUGAAUCAGUACAACCGCUUCGUCAAGCCUGCCUAUGAAAAGUACAUUGCACCAACGAUUUCACACGCGGAUAUCGUCGUUCCAAAAGGAGGCAGCAAUAGAGUCGCUAUCGACUUGAUCGUCAAACACAUCAGACGAGAGCUUGACAAUCGCAAGUACCGCGUUGUUCGCAAAACCUCCAUACCUCGCAAUUGUUCUGAUCCAGCUUCUUUGCAUCUCUUGCCACAGACGCGCCAGUCGAUGGGUAUACAAACGAUCAUCAGAGAUAGAAAUACGCCUCGCAAUGAGUUUAUCUUUUACUCUGAGCGACUUAUGCGUCUUGUGUUUGAAUAUGCACUUGGCUUUCUUCCCCAUGAAGCGCAUACAGUCAAUACUCCGCAGGGUUUGCAGUAUGACGGUGUGCGCUUUUCGGGCAAUGGUCUUUGCGGCGUUUCCAUCUUGAGAGCCGGUGAGACAAUGGAAAAGGCUCUCAUGAAAGUGACGAAGGACAUUCGCUUGGGAAAAAUUCUCAUUCAAAAUAACCCAGACACAAAGAAUCCUGAACUCUAUUUUCUCCGUCUCCCACGCGGCAUUGCUGACGAUCAUUGCGUUCUCAUGGAUGCAAGUAUUGCCACUGGAGCUGCAGCUAUGAUGGCGAUACGAGUAUUGCUUGAUCAUGACGUACGAGAAGAAAAUAUACUUUUGGUUUCCUUGUUGAUGGCAGCGCCAGGCGUCCACGCCAUCGCAUACGCCUAUCCGAAGGUUAAAAUCAUCACUGCCGCAGUCGACAAGACUGUAUCGAAAGACUUUCACAUUCUCCCUGGACUUGGAAACUUUGGAGAUCGAUAUUUUGGGACGGACGCGAACGAUUUAAUGACUGAUAUCAAGGAGGAGCCUUUCUCGAGCGACUAG